GUGCAGUUUAAAUUGUACACUCUUCUCUGUGGAUUGAACAAGGCAAGUGCAUUGCUUAUCGCUCCAGUGUAAUACACGUUUCAGCAAGAAGUUUCCAGCUCCUCCCUUCCCCUCAAGAUGGUAUCUGCUGGCCUUCAGUUGCUAGGAAUCUCCCUGGCUAUGGUAGGCUGGGUGGGGUCUAUCGUGACCUGUGCCCUGCCCAUGUGGAGAGUCACUGCCUUCAUUGGAAACAACAUUGUGGUGGCACAGACCAUCUGGGAAGGCCUGUGGAUGAACUGUAUUGUCCAGAGCACUGGUCAGAUGCAAUGCAAGGUGUACGACUCGCUGCUGGCCCUCCCUCAAGACCUGCAAGCCGCCAGGGCGCUCACUGUCAUCUCUAUCCUGCUGGCUGUAUUGGCACUGUUGGUUAGCAUAGUGGGUGCCAAGUGUACCAACUGUGUGGAGGAGGAUUCUGUGAAAGCCCGUGUUAGCCAGGUGUCUGGGGUGUUGUUCCUCGUUGCCGGGGUGCUCUACCUCAUCCCAGUCUGCUGGUCAGCCAAUAGUGUCAUCCGGGACUUCUACAACCCCCUGGUCACAGAGGCACAGAAGCAAAAUGCAUUUUUGAUGGUAUCUGCUGGCCUUCAGUUGCUAGGAAUCUCCCUGGCUAUGGUAGGCUGGGUGGGGUCUAUCGUGACCUGUGCCCUGCCCAUGUGGAGAGUCACUGCCUUCAUUGGAAACAACAUUGUGGUGGCACAGACCAUCUGGGAAGGCCUGUGGAUGAACUGUAUUGUCCAGAGCACUGGUCAGAUGCAAUGCAAGGUGUACGACUCGCUGCUGGCCCUCCCUCAAGACCUGCAAGCCGCCAGGGCGCUCACUGUCAUCUCUAUCCUGCUGGCUGUAUUGGCACUGUUGGUUAGCAUAGUGGGUGCCAAGUGUACCAACUGUGUGGAGGAGGAUUCUGUGAAAGCCCGUGUUAGCCAGGUGUCUGGGGUGUUGUUCCUCGUUGCCGGGGUGCUCUACCUCAUCCCAGUCUGCUGGUCAGCCAAUAGUGUCAUCCGGGACUUCUACAACCCCCUGGUCACCGAGGCACAGAAGCGUGAGUUGGGGGCCUCCAUGUACAUCGGCUGGGGUUCCUCUGCCUUGCUGCUGCUGGGGGGCGCUCUGCUGUGCUGCUCCUGCCCACAGAAGAAUAUGAACUACUCUGCCCGCUACACUGCUGCCAGUUCUCAUCCUCGCACGGAUGUCCCAAGCAAGAAUUAUGUCUGAACAGAUUUCUAGCAACAUUAUUUGGAAUGAGUUGUCCCCAACUCUUGUUUUUGAACUCAUUGGUGAGGGUAGUGUUUAGUUGGUUUUUGAAGACUGCCCUGAUGUGUAUUUUUGGAAAUUUACAGUUUGUAUUUAAGUUGGUGUUUUUAAAUCUUAUGAUUAAAACUUCUGAUCACACUUCUAUUUUAAUAAACAAUUACUAAAUUAA